UACUCGUCGAUGACUGUAGCGGCGCACGCAAUACAGGUGGGCCACGGAUGAUCAACCAACUGAGGGACGGCGGCACUCCGCAGUGGGCAUGUCGGCACACGCGAACGUCGACGUUAGAAAGCCUCUUCCACUCUUCUUCGAAGCCUCCUUUCUGCGCCGAGUAACCAAAUCCGGUAUUGCGCUUUGAAAGCGAGUGGAGAACGGACUGCAGCCAUCGAGGCGGAGGAGAAGGAAAGGAACGUGACCAUUGAAUAUCGAGCAUUCGGCGACUGCGCGCCUAAUUGUCUCUCCACACCUCGGGCGGACGGAGAUCAGUUUCCUGUUGAGACGCCGCCCCGUCGAGAUGCAGAGAACGCAGCUGAGCAUCGCCGUAGCCUUUGUCCUGUGCGCCACUUGCUGCCACGGCUACGUUGCAGUAGCCCCGGCCACCAUGGACGGAGACAACUGCCUGUACGAGCAGCGCAAGAUCAAGAACAACGAGACGCUGCACAGCGAGAUGCCGUGCGAGUCCUUCCACUGCGAUGCCCGUCACAAGGUGGUCUACGUCGAAGGGUGCAUCGCUGUCGGUUUGCCGCAUGCCGGAUGUCACGUGACACACGGAACGGGGGCAUUUCCAGCCUGCUGCGAAAAGAUCGUCUGUCACCCGCAUCACCAGUCGGUGCAAGAUUCUGCACAAGUCAAUCCUCUCGCCAAGCACACUUGAUAAUUUCGCACCUCCAUACCAUACCUUUUCUCCACAAAAGAAUGACACAAUUCAGAGUGACUCAUGGUAUACUCACUCAUGGAUAUGGUUGUGAUAGAAAAUAAAUGAAGUGUCCAUAUUUUCACAAAAGGUUGGUAGCGCUGUACAUGUAUGUCUUUAGGUCGACGAGUUCCUAGAUAAGAAGUUUCAAGGUAACAUCAUUCUUUCAUUUAUCCGCCGUACUCCUCAUCCCCCGCUCUUCCAGCAUUGCCCGUACGUGGCUGGCUUACUGCGGUCAAGUGACAUGAAAAGUGUCCUAAGCUUUUUCCUGAGACAUGGUUUACGCAACAUACGCGUGUAUAUUAAUUUACUGCACGGAUAGUUUCAAAACGAGAACUAAUAAUGAAUGUAGUACGUUAUAAGAUACAAAAGCUCUUUGUCUUGACACGCGCGUCGAUUCUGACAAAAUCUUGUGAGGGUGCUGGUGGCAUUCUAUGUAGAAGGCAGAUGAAGAGGACGGGAAAGGGGAAAUGGCACUGCCUAAAACUCACCUAGGUACCUUACUUGGACGGCGACGGGUCUUCCACCGCAGCGCUGUGUGUGGCAACUAAAAUCUAAUAGGAUAAUUCAUCGCAAUGCUGGUGGCUGAUUUGGGUGUCGCGGAUAAUAACGGGAAGGAAGUAAAUGCUCCCCAAUUUAGUGAAUCUGGAGUUGUCAUCCUGCGCUGGCAAAACCCAAGGGCGUCACGUUUCCGGCGCUGGAGAUUUCAUUGCUCGCACUGCGACAUGCCACGGUGAACAGCGAUGGCGUUGUCUGGACGCUGAGGCCCGCACCACAAAAAAAAAAAAAAAAAAAAAAAAAAACGAUCGGGCCCACUCUCUAAGUAGAAUUAAGGUGGACUAAGAUGAAGUUGUAAUUUCAGCUGAUAACUUAGACAAGUGCUCCUAGUUUUGCAUGCAAAUUACGUGACGAUACUUAAGUUACUGGCAACUUUUUAACCCCUAAAUGCAGCAACAGCGUGAACAGAUGUGGCCGUGAUCGUGCCCGCCCUAAUUUACUGCCACGCGUCCCUCUGCACGUAAGCUUCAUGGUGCACAACGCAACCUAUGUGCGUGAACGAUAGCAAAGAGGUCCACGGUAGAACAUGGUUAUUUUUAUUGCGGUCAUUCGAUGAGCGUUGACUCAGCCUCCGCCACCGUGUUACCGCAUGCGUGGCCCUCGCACUGUAGGUGAGAAGGACAGCGCAGAGACGUGCAGUGGAAGCAGUGUUAGAAACGAGGACUGAAACACACACGACACCUGCGCUGUCUAUAAACGCUUGUGUUGUCUGAGCCUCAGUCUUCAUUUAUCGCGUUGUUGUUACUGCAGUGUGCAUUACCAACUAGCGCACCGUAUUGCAGUGCAGAGCAACAAGGGACAAGUAGUGCGUGUCGCUACAAAAUACCACACAGCGAUAUGGUACUGCGUAUAAACGCACCGUCGCGCAGGACCGUGUUCUGUGGCAUUAUAACGUAAGACUAUUCCAAACGGAAGCAGGAUUGGGGUACGGGCUAGUUGGUAUUCCAUUGGCAACAUCACUUACAGCGCGUAAAUCGACAGAGGGAACGAAAGAGCGACACAGAGAAGCGCUCACUUCCAACUGAUUUUUAUUUUGAGUACACGCAUAUAUACCAACACGAAAGCGCCCCUCCAAAGUACCAAGCCAGCACGAGUGCGCAUUCAAAAUUCAAAGAAACCAUGACCGCCUUUAAGGUGUCUAGAUGUUAGAUUGCAAAAAAAUAGCAACAAAUUGCGCAAAGGGCGGGAAAGGUUUCUAGGUGUCCAUUGCGCACAAUGCGGCUGUAUUGCGCUCUUUGAAAAGACUAGUAUCUUAGCUAGGUAUCCUAAUGAAAACACUAGACUUAUCUUUGAAGCAGCAGUUAUCCCUGAAGAUGACUCGGUUAGUAAGCCGUCAAUUGCAUUAAGAGAUAAAGAACUUGCUUCUCUGACGUCGCACAUGCGCGCUUCUUCAUCUUAAG